AUGAAGCAAGAGUAUAUCCAGGAGAAGUACAGUCGAGAACUCACCGAAGUGGCUCCUAGCAGGCAUCACAGAGGCGCCUGGCUUACGCCCCGGAGCUCCGCUGGAGGAGGACGCGAUAAAGAACUCCACCAAUAUGCAAAAGAAUCGCCGCAUCGGAUUGUCCUCAAAACCCUAGCAGACGAUGUUGGUAGCAAGAAGGAGGAGCCAAACAACCACCAUUGGAAGCCAUGGAUGUUGUCACUUGAACUAAGGAAGAGGUCCCCAACGAGAUCCUCAGACUCGUCAUUUUGUCUCGGACCGUGGGAACAAGACGGGAAAACUCUAAUUCGAGCAACCGACGGAGGAGACAUGGGAAAGCAGAGGAGGCAUAGGCCAGAGGGGAAAGAGGCAGCGACGCCCUUCAUUCCGGCAAGCCUCCGUGGCGGAUCUGACCCAGAACCAGCGCAAGACAUACCCAAGAUCUACCAAGCCGAUGGCGCCUCCUGGAAGCUUCCGGACAAUCACGACCUCGCCCUCUCUCCAGAGACAUUGGGGACACACCCAGACGUCGAUUUGGUCGCCGGAUCUGGCCACAAUCAGGCGAAAACCAGAGAAGGAGGAGCAAGGAGGAGGUGA